AUGCUUUCCUAUGAUAUCUUUACUAAUUCUUCUUUAUCCCAACUAUCUAUCCUCGAGCUAAGCUCCAAUUAUCUCACUUCCUUAUCCACAUUAAGCUGGAUGUUUAACAUUAGUGCCAGUCUUACAAGCAUUGACCUCUCAUCUAAUCAAUUAGAGGGUCAUAUUCCUGAUUCCUUUGGGAAAUUGUUUUUUCUUGCAGAGCUUGAUUUGUCUGACAAUAAGUUGCAAGGUGGGAUUCCAAGCUCUUUGCGCAAUUUACAUGAACUAGAUAUAUCAUCCAAUGAAUUAAAUGGUCUCUUUCCAGAUAAUACCACAUUUUCAUCUUUAUCACGUUUGGACCUUCGUAACAAUAAGUUGAAUGUGUUUCACACACAAUGCCUUGGGCAACCUUUAGUUCUUGUUAAGUUAGAUUUAUCUUACAAUCAAUUAAAGAGGUCACCUGAAGAUAUUGAAAAACUUUCCAAUCUCAGAUAUUUAGAUUUAUCUCACAAUCAAUUAAAGAGGCUGCCUGGAGAUAUUGAGAAACUUUCCAAUCUCUAUGAUUUAGAUUUAUCUUACAAUCAAUUAAAAAGGUUGCCUGAAGGCAUUGAGAAACUUUCCAAUCUCUAUUAUUUAGGAUUGUCUUCAAAUUUGUUGGAAGAUACAAUCACCGAAAGUCACCUCUCAAACUUUGCCAACUUAAAACAUCUUGAUUUAUCCUUGAACUCCUUGACUUUCAAUUUGAGCUCAGAUUGGAUUCCUCCUUUUCAAAUGGAGACACUAGAUCUUAGCCAUUGUUAUUUGGGCCCUCAUUUUCCAAAUUGGAUUCAAACUCAGAAUACUCUUGAUACACUUACUCUCUCUUUUGCUGGUAUAUCAGAUGCAAUACCCAAUUGGUUGUGGAAUAUGUCUGUGAAUUUCUUGCAUCUUUCUCAUAACAAUAUCACGGGUAAAAUUCCUAAUUUGUCCUCACAGUUGAUUCUUCAUCCUGAAAUUAUAGAUUUAAGUUAUAAUAACAUUUCGGGUCCAAUUCCAUUAUUUCUUUUUUAUUGUAACCAAUUGAAACUUUCCAAAAAUAUGUUUUCGGGAUCCAUUUUUCACUUAUGCACAAUUCCUAAGGGCUCCAUCAUCAACAUGCUUGAUCUCUCGGAUAACCAAUUGGCAGGAGAGCUUCCUAAUUGCUGGAUGAACAUAAGUGGAUUAUCAGUUCUGGAUUUGGCAAAUAAUAAGUUCUCAGGUAAGAUUCCCCUCACUUUGGGCACUUUGGAUCAACUCGAAGUAUUACACUUGCGUGGCAAUAAUUUCAUUGGUGAAUUGCCUUCAACUUUGAGGAAUUGCAUGGGACUGAGAAUGCUUGAUGUGGAAGGAAACAAUUGUUACAACUCUAGUCCUCAAGCAUUCUUGGAGGCAUUCCUACUUCAACUGGUGGAACAAUGUUGGGAACUGGAUGUACGUGACAACAACAAUCUAUGUGACAAGAUUCAAGAGAAAAUUUCUGGAGUGAAGGAACCCCUUUCGGAAGACAAGAAAGUGUCGACUAUCAUUUGA